AACUACAUUGCCGAAGCCGGUGCCUCAAUCAUUACAUCAUCAUACACAUACACACACAUGUACCUAGGUAUGUAAACAACCCUACAGUUAUGAUGAUGUUACUUCUUAAUCAGGCUAGUGAUUGGUGUCUUUCACAUAUAACUGACUCGGGCUUUCUUGUGCAAAUGAAGCUUGAAUCGAAGCAACCGGCUUCAUUCCUAGCGUCUGCAGUUGUUUCUCCUCUUUUGUCUGCAUACUUGACUACUAUCUUAGUCCUAGAGCAGUAAUGUAGAUGCAACCAGCACAAUCACAUCAUAAUUGUAUGUGGAUAUCUAAUUAUGUAAAGCCCUAGGCAGAACAUAUCCACACAAAUAAUCCCGCCAUAGCAUAAGUCAUUGUUACAGUUACCAAGCAAUAACGAGUGCGGAUGAUGCCCGAGCCUCAAGUCACAGCUUGACCACCCAAAUAGAUUCGCUCCACUCAAUACUAUCCACCCUCAUGGCUUAAUUCGCCUUCAUACGUACACAAAGUCCGACGACCAGUCUGCUCAGCCUCCCAGAGCGGUGAUCAAUGACAUCCAGUGCGCAGAAAUGAGUCUGCUCAGUAUGCGAAACUAAGUCUUUCAAACAAAUUACCCUAAUGGAGUAGGGGCUCGCCUUACAUGAUGGCAAUGCACGCGGUCGGUCAUCUAGUAAAGCAUCCCUGCAUCGUUAAAAAAAGCUCCCCUAAACCCUUUUGGAACGCGGCCGGCUCUUGAUUGGACAGCUCGCUUCAGCCCAAAACGGAAUAGUCGGAUUUUCGUGUGGCUUCGCGGAGAACUUGCAUGUAUACGCCUAGCAAUGGUAUCAGAAGCAGGGGGUAAACUUGAACGAUCUGUGGUAGCUGCUCCUCACCGUAAUGAUAUAUAUAGGGGUCUUGGAGCAUGUCGUGGAAGAGCGUCUCAUUUUGUAUUUCCUACACUUAAUUCGAGCGAUCGUUGAUCAAUCUUUGUCCACUACAGUUAUUUCCUCAAUAUUGUCUCCCAUAUAUUCGUUAAUACUCUAAGCACACUUGGAGAUGAUGCAUUCUACUCUGUUUGCUAUUGCCGCCAUCGCGCGGCUCACCCACGGUAGCCCACUGUUGUCACGUCAAACCAACACAACGGGUGCUACGUGCUGGGAUCAAAUCCCCGAGUCUGACGAGCUGCAAUGGCAACCCUGCUUCGGUGCCUAUACUUGCUCACGUCUCAAAGUCCCGCUUGACUACACCAACCCCUCCGUCGGCACGGCCACCAUCGCAUACAUACGACAAGCCGCGCAGAACGACUCAGAGUCCGCAGAAGACGUCUUGAUCAACCCUGGCGGUCCUGGAGAGUCUGGUGUUGGGGCUGUUCUGAACCUUGGGGCCCAGCUUGCUCAAGUCAUGCCUCAAUACAACCUCAUUGGCUUCGAUCCACGCGGUAUCAAUAACAGUGGUCCGGCUUUGUCAUGCUUUGGAGACGACGAAGAGAGUCGAAGGAUAGAAAAGGAGUACUCUUCUAAGUUCAUCCGCACUGUUGACGGGAAGAAUGAAAACAGCUUGCGAUACCAAUUCGAGGCAGCAACAGCCUUUGGGAAGUGGUGCACCAAAUUCAACGAGAACACCGACGCCAAGUACGCAAACACAGUCGCUGUCGCUCAAGACAUGGCCAACUAUAUUGAGAAAGCCGCGAAACUCAAAGGCAAAGACCCCAAGGAGGCUAAGCUCAACUACUAUGGUGUCAGUUACGGUACUGUUCUAGGUUCGGUGUACGCAUCUCUCUUUCCAACCCGCCUAGGAAGGUUCGUCCUUGACGGUGUCGCCGAUGCCCUCGAAUACUACACCGGUACCUACGCCAGCAACGUCCGCGACGUAGACCAAGUCAUGGGCGACUUCUUCAAGUUCUGCAACGCCGCGGGGCCAGACAAGUGCGCUCUUUGGGCCGACACACCCGAUGCUAUCUCGAAGCGUGCGCGAGCCAUCGUUGAAUCGGUCCGCAAAGAUCCUAUCCCCGUCGUCGACACCGCCGUUGUCCAGUACCCGACCGUGAUCAGAUACGAGGAAGUCAUGCAACUUGUCUUCACCGCCAUGUACUCGCCUUUGGAAAAUUGGCCUAUCAUCGCACAAAUACUUGCCGAUGUCGAGGGUCGGAACGGCAAUUCGGCGGCGCAACGACUGUCCUUGGUCCCGAUUACGAUGCUUGGACCUCCAGCACUCGUCGGCGGGUUGGAUGCGGUAAGACGGAAACAGAACAACUUCGACACGUUCGAGAAAUGGACUGCGCAUCUAGAGAGAAUGACAGAGGAAAGCGAAUGGGGAGCGGAUGCAUGGGCUUCGCUGGGCCUAGCGGUCAAGGAUCUGGAGAUCACGCCUCCCAUCAGCCAGCAGUUCAACGAUACUAGUUUCAACGUCCAAACCAAUGCGCCGAUCCUAUUUGUCUCCAACACCCAUGACCCAGCAACCCCUAUCCACGGCGCGCGAAAGAUGCAUAGUCUUUUCCCGGGCUCCGGGCUGUUGGUGCAAGAAGCCCCAGGACAUGUUGCUAGUCUAUCGGCUGUCUCCACCUGCACAUUGGGGCUCAUCGGCCAGUUCUAUGCGACUGGUCAAUUGCCGCCCGCCAACACUACCUGUACUGUAGAGUCUGUGCCUUUCAUGUCGGGAGGUAUGUGAGACUUCGAUGUAGCAUGUAGCAAAUCUUUUGUGUUUUACCAUUACCUAUUGAUAAGUCCUCGGAAGUGUGAAUGCUGGAUGUUUACCUGUGCUGUGAGAGGGUGAUGGAUUUUUUUCUUUCGUGUGGUAUACUUGUCACUCAUUUAGUCUGACUGUGGUAUAACAAGGCUUUGAUAGUUCUUGUCUCCAGAAGUCAUAUAUAGCGCGAAGACAUUUCUCUCGCUAUCAAGUUCUGCAACUCACGCCAUGUGAUGCGGCUUUAACUGUGCGUACUCACCACGAGAGACUGGUGAGUAUGCUUAGAACAGAGUUGAAUGUAUGAACGACUAUAUAAGAGGUAGGGGUUAAUUAAAAGCGAACCCAGUCAAUCCCUGCCCGGCAUAUAUAUCCGUUUCGUUCCCUACAUUCGCGCGUCCCCACUGUCUUGCAUUGAUGAACGAUGCAUUUCCUCACACCUGGGCGAACGGAUCGCGAGAUCGACUCUUGCGCUGCCCAUCGCAGACCCUGACGAAAACAAGUUUUGGACACGAUGCGAGUUUUGUAGCUUGACGAAGCUUAAGAGCCAUUGAGCGCAAAGUUCAUGGGACGUACAUUUCCUGACGCACAGAUUGACAGACGACAAAAUAGACUUUUCUCCCGUGCUUUCAAGUACAUUGGAACACCCUGAUGACGAAUAAU